GGACUCAUCUAAAAUCGAAACCAACUGCAGAGUGAAGAGCACGGGAGACACCGUGCUACAUCAAGCCCUCAGAAACGAGCAGUUUGGUUUGGCGUUCCAAUUAAUUCACAUGAACAAUGAGGCUAUAAGCUGGGUGAAUGCGGCAGGCCUAGCCCCUGUCCAUGUUCUAGCCAGUAAGCCAACUUCCUUCAAAAGUGGAAGCCACAUCAAAGGAUUGCAGCGCAUCAUCUAUCACUGCUUAAUUGUGAAUCCACUACAGCCUGAUCAAUUGAGGACCUGAAGCAAGAGUUGGAUCGAAGUGUGCAAAAAGCAAGUGAGAAAGCUUCUCCUUCCCCUUUUCCCGUUAACUACCGGGCAUGCAUCGACUUUUAUAGGGGGAUGAAGGAUAUAUUUUUGACAUUCUGGAAUUUUAAAUGCCACAACAAGAAUGACACGAAAAAUGAUGGAGCCAAGAAGAAGAAUAACACGAAAAAUGAUGGAGACAGGAGCAACAGAGACUUGGAAAAACAGAAACCUCUGAAUACUAAAUCAGCCACGGAGACCUCAACUACAUACUUCUCCGUAUACUACAGCACCUGCAUCUAUUUUUUUCGUAUUGCUUUCUUGGGCAUCAUGAUCAUUUUUGGACGCGGAACCAAUGAAAUCAAUAGGAUACGGAAGAAACAAGAGAAGCACACUUGGGCGGUUCAAGUGAUGAACCAACUUCUUGAUGUGGCUAAACGCUAUAAUUAUGGAGACGAUGGAAAAAGUCCCAUGGAUUCCAGAUUUCACAUUGACAACGCAGAUGGAGUUACACUUCCUUGCCACUUAUAGAUAAUGAGGUCCGAUUCCAUCAUUUGAUUGAGGAGUUACUAGAAGAACUAGAGCCGCCCAAACAACUUCUUGACUUGGCUAAUCGCUAUAAUUAUGGAGACGAUGGAAAAAGUCCCAUGGAUUCCAGAUUUCACAUUGACAAAGCAGAUGGAGUUGCACUUCCUUGCGACUUUGUAAAUGAUGAGCUCCAAUUCGUCUUUUGAUUGAGGAGGAACCAGAAGAAGUAGAGGCGCCCAAACAAGUAGACGAGCCCAAACAAUUCGAGGAGUCCAAACAAGUAGAGAAGCCCAAAGAAGUAGAGAAGCUCAAAGAUG